UGUUUCGACUUUGGCCGGCUGAGACAAGUCCAUUUUAAAGUCAUUCAAUCACCCGAUAAAUACAUGAGCAUACCAUAAAUUUCUCUUCCAUCGCCCAUUCUCUCUCUCUCUCUCUCUCUCUCUGAGAAUCGAGAUGGCUUCUUCAUCCUUAACUCUGGUCGCUAUUAUCAUCGUCGCUCUCGUUGUUGUGGAACCCAUAACUGCAUGGAGAGAUGCUCUAUCUCCCUUUUUCUCUCCAGUUUCCGAGGAGAUAUGCAAGGAUGUGAACUGUGGAAAGGGGACCUGCAGCCCAUUAAAUUACACGUUUGGCUACACAUGCGAAUGCGAACCAGGUUGGAAACGAACCCGUCUCAGUAGCGAAGACGAAGACCAUUUCAAGAUUCUACCUUGCGUGAUUCCCAACUGCACGCUGGACUACGCCUGCUCAUCAGCACCUCCUCCUGUUCCAGAGAAAGAUGUUCCGCACAAUGAAUCCUUUUGGGACCCUUGCUACUGGGCCUACUGUGGAGAAGGCACCUGUUUAAAGAAGUCGGAUCACACCCACACCUGUGAAUGCAAACAGGGUGCCUAUAAUCUUCUCAAUGUCACAGUCUUCCCUUGCUUCAGUGAAUGCACACUGGGAGCAGAUUGUGCCAGUUUGGGGAUCACAGUGUCCAAUAAAUCUGCAAGUCAAACCCCAGGAACAUCAGUUAACUUGGUUGACAGUAGUCAUGGUACCUCAGUUCUGCUUGGAAACUUCAAUUGGUUGAUGAUAUUGAUGAUGUCCUUCGCCAUGGUUUUGUAGAAUAGAACUAGAUGCAUCUCGAGUUUUUCUUAGCUGUCUCAGAGUUUUAUUGUGCGAGAUUUCAUUUUAUUCACAUUCUGGAUACAUGUAUUUGAUAUUGCUUCAUUCCUUGUCCAUUAGAUUCUUAUGUAAAAAGAGAACACUUUUUGUAUUAUUCAGUCUUGACAGCUGUAUUAGGAGUUGGAUCUGUUCUUGUGAUUAGUGAUUACACAGGAUACUUAGGAGGAGGGGGAUUCUUGUACUUUGAAUAAAACAGACUGUACUAUAAAAAUCAUGAGUGUAUUAGCUAGAGUGAUGUUAUAUGGGACUA